GGCGUCUUGCCGUACAAUAGCGCUGUAAGCCGGUCGUAUGGCCAUUUGUCUCUCUCUCUCUCUCUCUCUCUCUCGACUGCGAGCUGCGUGCCAGUGCGCGUCUCUGUUGGCGCGCGCCCGGCUCGCUCCACCCCCUUCCACACUCGCUAUUCACCCCCUUAAACAAACACGACAUCCUCUAAUCACAGAUUCUAACUGUGUGGAAUUAAAAAUAAAUAAAUAAAUAAACUAAAAAUAUAAUACAAAGAAUUUUGUGGACCGCACACUUGGACCAAGGAGACCCUGGAGUAAAAUGUAAAAUUCUGGGAUUUUUUUUUACGUCGCUUCAGUCUGACAUGCUGUCCCUCGUCAGAAGAUAAGAAACAACUCCGUGAAUACAUUUUGUAAGAAAGCACAGUCAAGAGUGAAGCCUCCAAAGCAGCAUGGCCUCCGACAACACACAACGCAGUUACUCCAUCAUUCCUUGCUUUAUUUUUGUGGAGCUUGUCAUCAUGGCUGGGACAGUGCUGCUGGCUUACUACUUUGAAUGCACGGACACCUUCGGGGUACACGUCCAGGGGUUCUUCUGCAACGAUGCGGAUCUGAUGAAGCCAUACCCGGGCGUGGAAGAGGAAAGCUUCGUCCCUCCCCUCAUCCUGUACUGCGUGGUGGCAGCCGCCCCUACGGCCAUCAUUUUCACUGGAGAGAUAUCGAUGUACUUCAUACGGUCUACAAGAGAAGCCCUCAUAGCCCAGGAGAAGACGAUUGUGACUGGAGAAUGCUGCUAUCUAAACCCCCUUAUCAGAAGAAUUAUAAGAUUUAUAGGUGUGUUUGCUUUUGGACUCUUUGCCACGGAUAUUUUUGUUAACGCCGGCCAAGUUGUUACUGGGAAUCUCGCCCCAUACUUCCUGAGUGUGUGCAAACCAAACUACACGGGGACAGAGUGCCGCUUCAAUCACCAGUUCAUCUCCAAUGGACGCAUCUGCACGGGGGACCACGUGGUGGUUGACAAAGCCCGAAGAUCGUUCCCAUCGAAAGACGCAUCUCUGAGUGUUUAUUCUGCUGUCUAUGUCACCAUGUACAUCACAAGCACUAUAAAGACAAAAAGCAGUCGACUGGCCAAGCCUGUUCUCUGUUUAGGGACCCUGUGUGCUGCGUUUCUGACAGGUCUCAACAGGGUCUCCGAAUAUCGAAAUCACUGUUCUGAUGUGGUCGCCGGAUUCAUUUUGGGAAGUGCCGUGGCCUUGUUCUUGGGAAUUUGUGUUGUACACAAUUUUAAAGGCGUGAAUGGAACCCCAACGAAACAGAAAAGUGAAGAUUACCGCGGCCUCCCGCUAAUGACGUUCCCACGAGUGGAGAGCCCCUUGGAGACGCUGAGCGCACAGGUGGCACCCGAUGCUAACCCGACUUCAACAGACUGGCACGACAACAGGUGCAUCCAAGGCACUUUGCAGAGACUAGGGUAUGAACUCCGUACCAGCAAUGUCUCCAACGUCUGCAAAGACUCUCGCAGUGGCGACUUCGUUUUUAUCUCUUAUCCGAAGGAUGGAGCAAAACGAGCAACGUUUAAAGAGACUUGUACAUAAGCAGCCAGUGAAUCAGUUGCUGAGCUGGCGGGUUCAUAAAGAGCCUUUGACUCGGGCCGAGGGGUUUCCCACGUGAGCAGAACGGAAAAACGACACGUUUAUGUAUACACUGUAAAAAGAAUUUGAUGUUAUUUUCUAUUAACAAAAUAAUUGUUAUUUAUGUGAUUUUUUUUUUCUAAAAGUUUAUUGUAAAGCUAAACAUUGGUGAAGAACUUUGUAUGGAGAAUUCAUUCCUUUUACAUUCUUAUUUCAUGGCUUCCUUAUGUAUUAAUAUUAUUAGGAAACUCUGUCUAAACUUAUGUUAUGCUCUGGAAGGAGUAAUGUACUGAAUGGAAAUGCAGCUACGUUUGUUCAUCAAUAUGAAAUGAAACUGAUAAGCCAUAUUUGAAAAAUGUCAGAGCAGAAGAAAGGUGUUUGGGGCUGGACGUGGUGCUCUGUACUCAAAAGUGCCAAUGCUUUGUUACCUUUCAAGAUGGAAUAAAAUGAAUUAAGUUGUUUUGCCAAA